AUGGCUAGACCGCAGCAACGAUACCGGGGUGUCCGCCAGCGUCAGUGGGGCUCGUGGGUGUCCGAAAUUCGCCAUCCGUUAUUGAAGACUAGAGUAUGGCUGGGGACGUUCGAGACGGCAGAGGAUGCAGCAAGAGCCUACGAUGAGGCUGCAAGGAUCAUGUGCGGGCCAAGAGCACGAACAAACUUUUCGUACAACCCCAAUGAGCCUCAAACAUCAUCGGCCAAGCUUCUUUCAGCUACAUUGAUGGCAAAACUACAAAAAUGUCAAAUGACAUCAGUCAAAAUGGCCAAGAAACAACCUAUAAAGCAACUAAAUGCAGCAGAACAAUCUUCAUGUACUAACAGAGAAGACUGCAUUUAUAAAGAGAAUGUUCCAAUGGGGAGUGGACAAGAACUUAAGGCACUUGAAGAUGAUCAUAUAGAGCAGAUGAUUGAGGAGUUGCUUGAUUAUGGCUCAAUUGAGCUUUGUUCUGUUAUGGAAAAUUAA